AUGGCAGACCUCAAGUCCCAGAUGUUCUCUGCGCUCGCCAAGCUUUCCGGCCGAUCCAUGCAACGGGGUGUCGAGGAACCAAAUCGCUUCUAUUCUCAAUCGAAGCUGCGACGGACCCCUACGACCACGGAGCCCAAACCGUGGCCUCAGAAACAAUACGAUCUGGGUGACGACGGGACGAAUAAACCCGUGCGCGAUCCGAGCGAGGGAGACAGAGGAAAAAAUCGGCCGGAACCAAUCGUCCCCAACCUCCACGGCUGGCCUUGCCCCCGCGUGGCGGCUCUGUGGCCAAGCGCGCCGCCGGAGCUGACCACCUUCCACGAUUGCCCUGACCAGCGCGUCACCAGGAUUCAAUCGCUGGCCACAAAUCCACCUUUCCCGAAUCCUUGCCACCACGCCAGUUCUCGGCGCCGCCGGGAUCCAGCAAGCCUUCUUCUCGCCGCCGCGGUCUUCCCAGCCCCCGAUCGGCAGCCAGCUUUCCUCCAACGCCUGCCAGGCUGCGAGCUCCUGCAGAUCCCGUCCGCCACCGGCCGGGCCGCGAUCUCCUCCAUGUCUCGCCCGCCGCCGGCGUGGCUGCGCCCUCCCCCUAUCCCGUCCGACGCCGACACAUCCUGCCCCUACCGCUACAGCCGCCGGCUACGACGUCCCUCUGCUCCUCACGGCCAUGGGCGUGCAAGCUCUCCAGCAAGGCCGAGCUCAUCUCUUGCCCCGACCUGCUGCAGGUUGCCGCUGCCCGCUGGUGCAGGUGCUCUCCCAUGGAGAUCCUCGAUAGUCGAUCGAGCUGGAGGACACGAUGUCCACCAUCGCGUCUGAAUUUCAAGCCAGGUUCUCUGAAUUUCUUUGCGACGGACAGCAGCAUACAGUCCUGCUUUAUUUCUGGUCUUCUAGUGUAGUUUCGCUAGCUUGCUGGUUUGUUUGAUCGUGCGGCCGGUGGUGAAGUGCAGGAGCUUUGUACAUGUAUUUGCUAUGUGCUAGCUAGCUCGGGAAGAGUGAGUUAAGUAAUACCGAAUUAGUUAAAUACUAAUACUGAAUUUGUUUGUGUUAUGCCUCAGCUCCAUGGCGAGAGCUAGGUAGUGCCGAUGCAGGUCACUUGCUUUUAUCAAAGCAGUACACGCUUUUGUUUUCCUGAAACAAGGUAGUAGAGUAGAUUGAUUAGAAUUAAGAAGUACAGGUGCUUGGAAUCGGCAUUGCAAGAUGGAAUUUUAGAAUUUCUGCAAAGUGGAGAUUGAUUAGUGUUAACAACGUAGAUUGAUUAGUGUCAAAAGUACAUCUGCUUGGAAUCGGUACUGCAAGAUGGAAUUACUUUAAUUGAGAGCAGUA